GGGUUUGGGUGGGUGGAAGGCCGCGGCCGAAGUACAUGCAAAGAUCCGAUGUCCCCAGGCCGAGUCCUAUGCCCAUCUCAACCCGCCCUUGCCUAAAGAGCUGUUGGAUGACAUCCUGUUCUGGAACGGCCUCUAUGAUAUAUAGAGCACCUCGGGGCACCUAUAAGCAUAGGAUUGAUCGGUGCGGUUUGCGACCUGUUAUAUACCACACCAAGAGAUCGGUAUUAUGAGGAUUCGCAUUGAGGAGGUGUGUCUGAAAUCUCGCUGUUUGGUUGGGUGCAUUGGCUCUGCUCAGUGCCGUCGAAGGGGCAUCGAGCUGACCUUCGAACAAGGUAACUUAUUAAGCACACAGUGGUGUCACACUAAGGUCUUGGCAUCCCCUCUGCCACCUUCGGGCACUUGCAAACAAAUGAAUGCUCACACCACACAUCACAUCCCGUUUCUGGUCAAUCAUAAAAUGCGUUCCGCCGCCUGGUGCACACCUAUCCUACCGAGUCCCCGUCCCGACCGUCAAACAAUCGACCCGAACCACCGGAUCGGGGUCCAGUAUGGCAAGCGUAGUGUAAGCCAGUGCCGCAACCGAACUCACCAUAAUGCUUACCGUACAGUACAUAGUCGUCAGUCAGUCCUUCAUGAUCGGCUCCCGCCCCACUACCUCGGCCUGACGAGUAGUAGCUGGUACUGUACAGUAUCGAUCAUGAUUGUUGAAGGCGAGCCUCGUCACAUCCUCACAUGGUGCUACACUACCCAAUCUAUCCCUUGCCUACUUUUUCGGCGAUGGUUACUCAUGUACGACCUUCUGGGAUCAAUCCCCGGGGCAUGACGCUGUGCGCACCCGAUAAUGCUCCCUGCAAUUGGCCUCGAAUUUCCAGCAUAACUGCACGGUAUUAACAACCACGACCAAUCAUCAUGUGCAACAUAUCUUAUCGCUCGCGUAGGCAUCAGCCCCGCUAGGAUCAAGAACCAAACAACAUGGGAUGGCAUCUCCAAUUU